AUGGAAAUCUAACGCCAUCUUUAUUCUCGAUUUACCGGUGGAGUGGGAACACCGCUCCAGUUGCUAUCACUGCUCUAGCUGGACCUGGUGGCUAGUAGUGUCAAACAUCGCUAUUCUACUGCUCAAAUUCUCUACGUAUCAACGCCACUUUAGCAACAUACCGACAUGGGUGAUCGAGAGGAGUUAGUUUAUCAGGCCAAACUUGCCGAACAGGCAGAGAGAUACGAUGAAAUGGUUGAGUCAAUGAAGAAUGUAGCUGGGAUGGAGGUGGAGCUAACAGUCGAGGAGCGAAAUCUUCUAUCAGUGGCCUACAAGAAUGUCAUUGGGGCAAGGAGAGCAUCCUGGAGGAUAAUCAGUAGUAUUGAGCAGAAGGAGGAGAGUAAAGGUGGGGAAGUCAAAUUGAAAAUGAUCCGGGAGUACAGGCAAACGGUUGAAAAUGAGCUCAAAUCAAUCUGUAAUGACAUCCUCGACGUGUUGGAGAAGUACCUCAUUCCAGCAUCCAGUUCAGGGGAGUCCAAGGUCUUCUACUACAAAAUGAAAGGUGACUACCACCGGUAUCUGGCAGAGUUCGCAACAGGAAACGACAGGAAGGAGGCAGCAGAAAACAGUUUAGUAGCUUACAAAGCUGCUAGUGACAUAGCUAUGACUGAACUGCCACCCACCCAUCCAAUUCGUCUGGGUCUUGCACUUAACUUCUCUGUAUUUUACUAUGAAAUCCUAAACUCUCCAGACCGGGCAUGCAGGUUGGCAAAAGCAGCAUUUGAUGAUGCUAUUGCAGAAUUGGACACAUUGAGUGAAGAGAGUUACAAGGAUUCCACACUCAUCAUGCAGUUGUUACGUGACAACCUGACACUAUGGACUUCAGACAUGCAGGGAGAUGAUUCCUAAGGGGAAUUAAAAUGCUCAUUCCCUAUAAAACUGUAUUUUGAGAGGAACAGAACAAAGAAGCGCUGCAAGAUGUGGAGGAUGAGACUCAGUGAGAAAUCACAGCCAAUGUUAGACUCCACCCACCCUCCCACCUACCCACCCUUCCCCAGUUCCAUCCUCAGUGUCACAGAAGGGAGACACAGAGCCCACCCUCGAGUGGUACUCCUCCACAGCUCAAAUGCCUCCAGGGCCCCUCACUGUUGCCACCUACCCCCCCUUUUUUUUCUUUCAAGAAUGGUUUGUUUGUUUGUUUGUUUGUUUUUUAUUUUUUUUUGGUAUUUCACCCCAUUAUUCAACACAGAAUACCACUCACCGAAAUAAAUAAAAACAUUGUCAGACUUAGGAUUCCCCGUUUUCCCUCUUUCUUUAUUUCUGGUACAAUUUUUUUUAUUUGCUUUUCCUCAACAUUUUUAUCAGUUGCUGGAUAUGUUUUUUUGUUUUUGUUUUGUUUUUUUUUUUUUUUUUUUUUCUUAAUGUAAUAUUAAAGAAGAUUAACUUUUAUUACUUAUGUCUACUAUCAUUAGCUAUGGGAGCUGUAAUAUGUCUGUGAUAGUGCAAACAUCAGAUGCAACUUUAAAAAGAAUCAUAAAACCUUUAAAAGGGCAAGUCUGAACAAAGUGCUCUUUCUGUGGUAAAACAAAGUCACUCAGAGGAAGUUGGCAAAUUCUUGAUAUCCAUGUGGAGCAAAUGCUUAACAUUUAUACCGUAGAAGUCAUGUAGUAGUGUUUUGCCGUGUUCUGGACUGUACGUUGUGCUAAAUACUGUAUCACGCAGAAAUGCUGAGUUCAGAUAAUGGCUGCUAUCAGCUCAAACAAAACAAAAAAAAUAAAAUGGGGCCUUGUUGCUUUUAAGUCUCAGAAAAAAAAGUCCAUUGGCUGUUGGGAAUGAUUUAGCACCAAAAUGAUUGAUUUUAAACCUGCAUGAGGAUAGACAAAUCUUUUUUUCUUCCCCUCUGUCCCCCACCUCAUUUAUAUAGCUAAUUCUCUCUUUCGACCUUUCUCCUCUUUUUCAUGUUUAACUUGAAGCUAAUUUGUACUACUGGAUAUCUGACUGGAGCCACAGAUAUAGAAUCUGUAUUGUUCUUACUGAGACACAGCAUGGAAUUAACAUUUAAACUUAAAAUAAAAAUGAAAAAACCUUA